UAGUGAAAGAUGCCCUAGAAUACCUCAUUUGAGUGCAGAGACUGUUUAUGGCCGAGGUUCUCACUACGAGUCUACGAGAGAGUAUUGCUGCAUGCAAUGCAACCGCGUACAAAGCAUCUGCGCACAAACAUUUUUCACUGGCCGUUGUGCCCAUUGACUCGUUGUAUAUGCUAUUUUGUUUCAAGUACUUAUAUUUCUUUCUUCAUGUAUGGGGACUGUUUUAGAUGUAUAUUUUUGUGAAAAUUAAUUAGCUAUCUUAUAUAUACUUCGUCAAACCUUCCGAUUUACAUGUAUCUUUUGUCCCCUUCAAACGCAAUAAAAAUGAAAUAAUUAAAGAAAGAUGUAACAAAAGUUUUUCUUCCCAUAGAAACCCAUUUCUCUAUCUUAACUCCUUUUAUAACUCACGUUUCCCAUCACCCCGCUCUCUCCUCUCUUCUCUCUCUCUCUCUAAAAGAGCUCCGGCGAGAGUUCACCGUAACAACCCCACCGGCAAAAACAAACCUUUUAACUUCAUGGAAGAAGAAGCUCAUGAAUUCUUUCACACAGAGGACCAUUUCGCCGUCGAUGACCUCUUGGUCGAUUUCUCUGACGAUGAUGACGAGGAGAACGAUGUCAUUGCUGAUUCCUACGGCGCCGACACAACCACCGCCGUAGCCGACAGCUCUAACUCCUCCUCCUUCUCCAACACUGGUCUUCACACUUUCCACGGUGACGUUCAAGACGGCACCAGCUUCUCCGGCGACCUUUGCGUACCGAGUGAUGAGUUAGCUGAGCUGGAGUGGUUGUCGAACUUCGUGGAGGACUCUUUCUCGACCGAACAUGUUCAAAAGCUCCAGCUUAUAUCCGGUUACAGGACCCGACCCGACUCAAAAUCCGAACCCGGCCUGAAAAACCUGAAAAGCAGCAGUCCGGUUUUCACCACUGACGUCUCUGUGCCGGCCAAAGCCAGGAGCAAACGCUCACGCGCCGCAGCAUGCAACUGGGCCUCACGUGAGCUUCCCAAGGAAGCCUUUUACGACAACCCGUUCACCGGAGAAACCAUUAUCUCCAGCCUCUACCUGUCUCCGCCGUCCUCGCCGACGCCCACGGCUCAACUCUGGAAAAAGCUAGCCGUAGACGCGUCCCGGCGGAAGAAAGAUUCCUCGACGGACGCCGGCGCAGAUGAGCGUCGGUGUCUCCACUGCGCUACCGACAAGACGCCGCAGUGGCGGACGGGUCCAAUGGGUCCGAAGACUCUGUGCAACGCUUGCGGCGUGAGGUACAAAUCGGGACGUCUUGUGCCGGAGUACCGGCCGGUGGCGAGUCCGACGUUCGUGUUGACAAAACAUUCCAAUUCUCAUCGGAAAGUUAUGGAGCUCCGGCGACAGAAGGAGAUGACCAAGUCCCACCAUGACCGUCACGGUAAGGACACUGCCAUGAUUCUCGACGUUUCAUCGGACGGUGAUGAUUACUUUAUCCACCAUAACGUUGUCUGAUUGAUCCCUUUAAUUUUUGUUUCCAAUAAUUAGGA